GUAAUCCACCGCUGGAUGUCUCACUUUAACAAGAUAUAGGAGAGGAUGGAGGAGAGAGGAGACAGACAGGCAGGCAGGGGAGGGAGGAGGUGUUGGUGGUGGUAACGUAUAGGCUUGAUUAUAAUGCAGUGAGUGAGACUCAGUAAUAGAGCGAUCAGUGAGAGAGGGAGAGGGGUUUCCUUCAGCAUCGUCCAGUCUUUCCACUCUCCACUUCAGAUCGGAUGUGACAGGUGAUCGGGCAGUCUUGUCUCUGUCUGUCUCUCUCUGUCUGUCUGUCUCUCCCUCUCUGUCUGUCGGGACUCCCAGCAGCGGAUGUUCUUGGGCAGGUUUCUUCCCACCGCGGUGAGGUUGGACUGAUAAACUCACCAUGGCGUUGGAACCGGAGGGAAACAACCGGCUCCUGCAAGACGUGCUGGCGAGACCGGGCAACGAAACGUGUGCGGACUGCGGCAAUCCAGAGCCAGACUGGGCGUCACUGACUUUGGGUGUGUUUGUUUGCCAGGCCUGCUCGCUCCUUCACCGGAGCAUCCCCCACAUCAGCCGGGUCAAGUCCGUCCAGGACACGUGGGAUGCCAGUGAGGUGGAGUUAAUGGCUGCUAUGGGAAACAAUGCAGCCAAGGCCAAAUAUGAGCAGAAAGUUCCCGCUUUCUACUACAGACCAACACACACCGACUGCAAGCUGCUGAGAGAGCAGUGGAUCAGAGCCAAGUACGAGAGGAAUGAGUUUGAGUUUAUCGAAAAACAGGAGCCCUACUCUGCUGGGUACAGAGAGGGGUUUCUAUGGAAACGAGGAAGAGACAAUGGUCAGUUUCUCAGCCGAAAGUUCAUCCUGUCAGAGAGGGAGGGGGCGCUAAAAUACUUCAACAAGCAGGACGCCAGGGAUCCCAAAGCGGUGAUGAAAAUCGAGACCCUCAAUGCCACCUUCCAGCCGGCCAAGAUUGGCAACCCGUGUGGCCUCCAGAUCACCUACUUGAAAGACAACAGCACAAGGAACAUCUUUGUCUACCACAGCGAUGCGAAGGAGAUGGUCGACUGGUUCAAUGCCAUCAGAGCGGCCAGGUUCCAUUACCUACAGGUGGCCUUCCCUGGAGCAAGUGAUGAGGAGCUGGUGCCCAAACUGACCCGAAACUUCAUGAAGGAAGGCUUCAUGGAGAAAACGGGUCCAAAGCACACAGAGGGCUUCAAGAAGAGGUGGUUCACCAUGGAUGACCGGAGACUCAUGUACUUCAAAGACCCUCUGGAUGCCUACGCCCGCGGUGAGGUGUUCAUCGGCAGUAAGGAGAACAGCUACACUGUCCUGUCCGGCUUGCCCCCGUCCACGCAGGGCUACCACUGGAACCAUGGCAUCACCAUUGUCACGCCAGACAGGAAGUUCCUGUUUGCCUGCGAGACCGAGGCCGAGCAACGGGAUUGGAUAGUCGCCUUCCAGAGGGUCAUCAAUCGGCCAAUGAGACCACAGGAAUAUGCAGUGGAGGCCCAUUUCAAACACAAGCCUUGAUGACUACACGAAGCCGCAACUCACAGCUGAAGCCGGCCCAGUCCGCGUUGAAGAUGCAGAGACAAUCCCUAUGUGUGACCACAGACCAUG